AUGCCUCAAAAACCAGUGUUCCUUACCUGUCAUGAUUUGGGAUGCAAUCACUACCAAUAUGAAGAAUUUGUGGCGCAUUCUAAAAUGAAUCCAAUUAUGCAACGAUCCACUUGGGUCCAUAUCGAUUUACCAGGUCAAGGAGAUGGUGAAGAAGAACUACCUGGAACGUAUGUGUUUCCUCCAAUCAAUCAACUACCUGAUGCAUUUCGUCAUGUACUGGAACAUUUAAAAAUAAAACAAGUCGUUCUUUUCGGUGAAGGUGCUGGUGCGAAUAUAUUGGCACGUUUUGCGAUUGCUUAUGACAAUUUAGUACUUGGAGCAAUACUCAUCAAUUGUACUGGCUCACCGGCUACAUUUGCAGAAUCUCUUAGAGAUAAGCUAAUGAACUGGAAACUCAGCUCUUCAGGAAUGAAUGCAGCCACUGAAAGCUUUCUUAUCGUACAUCGUUUUGGUUCAGUAGUGGAAACUGACAGUGAAGUAGAACUACGCAAUGCCGUUGAAAGUUUUCGUCAAAAUUUACGUCAUUCAAUUAAUCCGAAAAAUUUGAAUAAAUUUAUCACUUCUUAUAUGCAGCGAAAAGAUCUCUCUGAGAGUCUCCCAAGCCUAAAAUGUCCUAUACUGCUUAUCACCGGUUCUCUUGGCUCACAUCACAAAAAAUGUCGUCAGUUAUUUGAAGAUUUGGAAAAAAUUCGCCGUGAUUCUGCCGGUAGUGGUCAGUCGACUACAAGUGAAUUUGUAAUGAUUGAUGAUGUAUCAAAUGUUCUCACUGAGAGACCGGACAAAGUGGUUGACAGUAUGCAGUUCUUUUUGCAAGGCCUUGGUCUAUUGAGUAAUUUAAAACUACAAAAAACACCAAUGCAAUUGAAUCGUCGAAUGUCUAUGGAGGAUUAUGAUAGACCAUUGGGUAAAACACAUUUCGUCAGUCGACUAUCACAACAAGUCCCAGAGGAGAAUACAACUUAA